AUUUCCUGUUCCGCUAUAUGCCUAUGGUUGCCUUCCGCUGGAAGGUCUAUGGAAGGUCAGAAUGCCACAUCAGAUCAUUGUUCAGAAAAAAGCAGCAGCUUUCUGGACCUCUCCCUUACCUAUGACAUAACACAGAAGCCCAGACAUGAGGCCAGCAGUGAGGUUUCUAGUUCUAUGGACAUUCUGUCUUCAUUUUCACUAGAUUCAGAAGCCAGCAACUUGAAUUCAGAACACAAUGAUGCUGGGACCAGGGAGGACUUUUGGCUUAACCAUUCCAUGACAAACCAGCCAGAGACUGCUAAAGAUGAUGGACUUAGGAAAUCUCUUGAUCAUUUCUAUGAAGUAUAUGGUCAGGCACUACCCCCUCCAGAGGAUGUUCUCUCUACAGCUGUAUCUCAUCGCCUUUCUCAGAAAAUCACAGAGCUCAGCAGCCAAGAGAGUCAGAAGUAUGCCCUCCGCAGUUUUCAAAUGGCCCAAGUGAUUUUAAAUCGAGAUGGAUAUUCUGUUAUACAAAGUCACUCUAAAGAUGUUCACUUCUAUCCACUAGAAGAAGGAAAUGCAUCUCUGGACACAGAAAAACCAACACCAGGACUUUCAACAGAUGUAAUUAGUUUCCUCUUAAAGGAGAGUAAAAUGAAACAAGCAUAAUUCAUGUAGCUAAAGGAGCUGAACUGGACAUACAAUUUGUUGUUAGUGGCUGAUAAUUUAAGUGGCCUGGCAUGAGAUGUGAAAACAAAUAGGAAAUAGUGUUUAUAUGAAAAUGAAUCUGUGCAGAGUCAGGUGCAGUAUGCCAUUCAAAGAAAUGAAGCUGAAAUAAAGAAUUUCGAACUAAAUGAAAUAAAGAAUAUAUGAACUAAAAGAAUACAAAUAAAGAACUAAAUUAGAAUAAAA